AUGGAGUUCGCCCGCCGCUUUUCCCACACGAGCGAGAUGCUCCAGGCCACGACGUCUAAGGACGCGCGGCAGCCCAUGGGCCUGCACGUGGACACGGGCUCCAGCCGCAGCCCCAAGGGCCCCCAGGAGCCGCAGCAGGACUCGAGCCCCGCGGCCAGCCCCAUCCUCGGCCCGCGCUCGGCGCCGUCGUCCACGCACCACGAGGACGCGAUGCGGCGCCGCCGCAGCCACUCGGAGUGUCUGCUGCUCGCCAAGACGCACGGCUCGCAGGACCUGCCCGGCCCGUGCGCCGAGUACAUCAGCAACGUGAAGCAGAUCCUGGCGCGCAACGACGACCAGCUCAUGCAGCUGAAGCGGCGCCGCAGCAUGAACCUCAGCCACCCCUCGCUGUUCAAGUAA